GCCCCGGCGCGGGACCACCCUCCGCCCGCCGAGGCGGGGGCCCUGCGCGCCCGGCACUCUCGGAGGUCCGGGCCCCUUUCCGCCAGCGCUGCCGCCGCCGCCGUGAGUCCCGCGGAGCCGCGCGCGUCCCCGGCUGGGCCGAGCCGCCGGCCGACGAGCGGAGCCGCAGGAGCCCGCCGGGACGCCAUGCGAGCCAGCAUCUCCCUCCUCUCCUGGACGAAAGGCUGUCGUGUCCUGGGACUUCUCUGACAUCGGGAGGCUGAGGCUGUGCCAGGAAGAAGCAUAUUGCCAAGUGGACGUCGCCGUGCAGCGUGCUUGCUUGACACCGCGGCGUCGGCGUUGCUGGGGUAACAGGAGGGAGAAAGAUGAGGCCUUAGCAGCUCUGCCCGGAAGCGAGUGUCAAGAUGGCGGCUCAGAGGAUCCGAGCUGCCAACUCCAGUGGCCUCCCGCGCUGCAAGUCUGAGGGGACCCUGAUUGACCUGAGCGAGGGCUUUUCAGAGACGAGCUUUAAUGAUGUCAAAGUGCCUUCUCCCAGUGCCUUGCUAGUAGACAACCCCACACCUUUCGGAAACGCAAAGGAGGUGAUUGCAAUCAAGGACUAUUGCCCCACCAACUUCACCACGCUCAAGUUCUCCAAAGGAGACCACCUCUAUGUCUUGGACACAUCUGGCGGUGAGUGGUGGUACGCGCACAACACCACGGAAAUAGGCUACAUCCCCUCCUCCUACGUGCAGCCCUUGAACUACCGGAACUCCACGCUGAGUGACAGCGGUAUGAUUGACAAUCUUCCAGACAGCCCAGAUGAGGUAGCCAAGGAGCUGGAUCUGCUCGGGGAAUGGACAGAUGACAAAAACGUACCAGCCAGAAGGUACAGUAAUAACCCUUUCUGGAAUGGGGCCCAAACCAACCCGUUUCUGAAUGGGAAUGCACCCAUCAUGCCCAGCUUGGAUGAGCUGAAUCCGAAAAGCACUGUGGAUUUGCUCCUUUUUGACACGGGCACAUCCUCCUUCACUGAAUCCAGCUCAGCCACUACGAACAGCACUGGCAAUAUCUUCGAUGAGCUUCCAGCCACAAACGGACUCCACACAGAGCCACCGGUCAAGCGGGACAACCCCUUCUUCAGAAGCAAGCGCUCCUACAGCCUCUCAGAACUCUCCGUCCUCCAAGCCAAGUCUGACGCACCUACGUCGUCGAGUUUCUUCACCGGCUUGAAAUCUCCUGCCCCCGAGCAAUUCCAGAGCCGGGAGGAUUUUCGAACUGCCUGGCUAAACCACCGGAAGCUGGCCCGCUCUUGCCAUGACCUGGACUUGCUCGGCCAGAGCCCUGGUUGGGGCCAGACCCAAGCUGUGGAGACAAACAUUGUGUGCAAGCUGGACAGCUCCGGUGGGACCGUGCAGCUCCCCGACACUGGCAUCAGCAUCCAUGUCCCCGAGGGCCACGUCACCCCUGGCGAGAUGCAGCAGAUCUCCCUGAAAGCCCUGCUGGACCCCCCUCUAGAGCUCAACAGUGACAGGUCUUGCAGCAUCAGCCCCGUGUUGGAGGUCAAGCUGAGCAACCUGGAAGCGAAAACCUCCAUCAUCCUGGAGAUGAAAGUGUCGGCCGAGAUAAAAAAGGACCUUUUUAGCAAAAGCACAGUGGGCCUCCAGUGCCUGAGGAGCGACUCAAAGGAAGGACCAUAUGUCUCGGUCCCGCUGAGCUACAGCUGUGGGGACACAGUCCAGGCACAGCUGCACAACCUGGAGCCCUGUAUGUACGUGGCUAUCGUUGCCCACGGCCCGAGCAUCCUCUACCCUUCCACCGUGUGGGACUUCAUCCAUAAAAAAGUCACAGUGGGGCUGUACGGCCCCAAACACAUCCAUCCAUCCUUCAAGACGGUAGUGACCAUUUUUGGGCAUGACUGUGCCCCAAAGACACUCCUGGUCAGCGAGGUCACCCGCCAGGCACCCAGCCCUGCCCCGGUGGCCUUGCAGCUGUGGGGUAAGCACCAGUUCAUUUUGCCCCGGCCCCAGGAUCUCAAGGUCUGUAUGUUUUCCAAUAUGAUGAAUUACGAGGUCAGAGCCAGUGAGCAGGCCAAAGUGGUGCGAGCCUUCCAGCUGAAGCUGGGCAAAGUGAGCCGCCUGAUCUUCCCCAUCGCCUCCCAGAACGCCAACGAGCUCUCUGACUUCACGCUGCGGGUCCAGGUGAAGGACGACCAGGAAGCCAUCCUCACCCAGUUUUGCGUCCAGACUCCUCAGCCACCCCCCAAAAGUGCCAUCAAGCCUUCCGGGCAAAGGAGGUUUCUCAAGAAGAACGAAGUCGGGAAGAUCAUCCUGUCCCCGUUUGCCACCACCACCAAGUACCCAACUUUCCAGGACCGCCCAGUGUCCAGCCUCAAGUUCGGCAAGUUGCUCAAGACCGUGGUGCGGCAGAACAAGAACCACUACCUGCUGGAGUACAAGAAGGGCGACGGCAUCGCCCUGCUCAGCGAGGAGCGGGUCAGGCUCCGGGGGCAGCUGUGGACCAAGGAGUGGUACAUCGGCUACUACCAGGGCAGGGUGGGCCUCGUGCACGCCAAGAACGUGCUGGUUGUGGGCAGGGCGCGGCCCAGCCUGUGCGCGGGGCCCGAGCUCAGCACCUCGGUGCUGCUGGAGCAGAUCCUGCGGCCCUGCAAGUUCCUCACCUACAUCUACGCCUCCGUGAGGACCCUGCUCAUGGAGAACAUCUGCAGCUGGCGCUCCUUCGCCGACGCCCUGGGCUACGUGAACCUGCCGCUGACCUUUUUCUGCCGGGCGGAGCUGGAUAGUGAGCCCGAGCGGGUGGCGUGCGUCCUGGAAAAGCUGAAGGAGGACUGCAACAACAUGGAGAGCAAAGAACGGAAGUCCUUCCAGAAGGAGCUUGUGAUGGCCUUACUGAAGAUGGACUGCCAGGGCCUGGUGGUCAGACUCAUCCAGGACUUUGUGCUCCUGACCACGGCCGUGGAGGUGGCCCACCGCUGGCGGGAGCUGGCUGAGAAGCUGGCCAAGGUCUCCAAGCAGCAGAUGGACGCCUACGAGUCUCCCCACCGGGACAGGAAUGGGGUUGUGGACAGCGAGGCCAUGUGGAAGCCUGCAUAUGACUUCCUACUCACCUGGAGCCAUCAGAUCGGGGACAGCUACCGGGAUGUCAUCCAGGAGCUGCACCUGGGCCUGGACAAGAUGAAAAACCCCAUCACCAAGCGCUGGAAGCACCUCACUGGGACUCUGAUCUUGGUGAACUCCCUGGACAUUCUGAGAGCAGCCGCCUUCAGCCCCGCGGACCAGGACGACUUUGUGAUUUGAAUGGGUCCCCUCCCCUCCUGCUGCCAUGACCGCAGAGCUGAAGAGGGAGGAAGGGGUGGCUGCCUGAACAUAUUUAGGGUCUGCCAGCUGGACCUAUACCCGUAAUGCGCCACCCUUCUCCAUCAAGGGAGAGGCCUGAAGGGACUUCCUACCAGAGGUCAUUGCCAGUCGCAUAGCUUUCUAUUUGUUAAGUAUAAAUUUAAAUUGGAAAUCAUUUUUUUAAAGAAUGAGGGGAAGGGAUGGAUGAGAAAGGUGGUAUCUAAUUUUUUUAUGGACCAUAAAGGUUUAAAAGAAAAUAGGGGCACAGGCUGUUGAGGUUUUUAUGUUGUCACAGGCCUUUUUAAAUUAUGUUAGGGAUGUACACAGGUAUUUAAAGGUCACUGGGGGCAUUUCUGAUUUCCAGCCACACUUUGCAUUUCAACACUCAGCCCGGAAAGACACUUCUUCGGUUGUUGGACCUCUUUCACAUCCUACAUGUAAGAAGGGGAAUCGCAUGGGGAAAAGUGGCUUUUUAGUAAACGGGUACAGCUCACACCCUUCCUGAGAAGGCCCAAGGUCCUGCCCCCUCCCUGGAUUUGACUGUCCUCGGUGCUUUGUCUCAUGCAUAGUAAAUGGCCAUCCACAGAACGUGUGACUCUUUGGUGAGCUUUACUGAGCAGAGUGAAGUCCUGCUAACAUACUAGCAUUUAGGUGCCGUGAGCUGUUUCUGCCAGUAGAUUAGAAAGCAGUCAGGAGUUGACAGUCUUUAGGAUCCCUGCCCGUGUGCAAUCAGUCCUUCACAAGAGCAGUGCCAUUUGAGAGUGAGGUGGUCCCUGCUGCUACCAGGCUAUUGUCCUGUUUCUUCCUGGGGUCAAAGCAGUGCUUCCCAUCGAGUUUGCCGCCUCUUCUGUGGACAGGAAGAAAACUUCAUGAUGAAACCAGAGCCUUGGUGGCCACCGACUGUCGUGUUUGUGGCAGAUGCUGUGGUUGGCCUCACAGGCAACGCCUUAUGCCAACGUGCAGAGGUGCCAGCUGCCAUUUGCCAAACUCUGCAUUUCAUUUCAUCUAAGGCUUAACCCCUCUUCCCUCCCGGUGUACCUGUGUCUCCUCCAAAAGAAGUAAUCGUUUAGAUGAAACCGUCUUUUGUACAAUGUAAAGAUCAUCUGAGGAAGGUGACCAUUUUGUAAAAAUGAAAACGUGUCUCACAUAAAGUCAGGAACUUGGCAAAGUGUGGCAUUGAUAACUGGGGUGCAGACAUGCGGUGUGAAUUUCAUGACACACGGUAGAUGUUGCAUCUUAGAAGGGAGCGGCAGGCAGGACUGAUUCCUGGCAAAUCAGUAGAAUGCGGUGAGCCCCAGCAACAAGUCAGGACACACCCGGUGUGUCUGCUAUUGUCAGGGGCCAUUUGGGAUCCCAAAUCUCAUUCUCUAAAACUGCUUUCUUGAAACGCGUUACUUCCUUAGUAUAAUCAACGUAUACUCCCUUAUUGGCCUGAAACGUUAUAUAGCUACUUAUUCAGAUACUGAAGACCAACACUAGCUAUUGUAUGCUGCAAGAACCAGGACACACAAUUCCCCAGUCAUCCCACGAUACAGCCUUCCAUUGUGCUUCUCAACUCAACCCCAUAAUUUCUCCCAGAGAUCAUCUGUCACCUUUUCCCCAAAGAAGAAACAAAACCAGUUGCACCUUAAACCAUGGAUAUUUUUCCUCAGGGGCUUUAAAGAGUUUCCUAUGCAACGUGUCUUGUAGCACAAAUAAAAUUCUACAAAAGUUGCAGUAAAUUUUAUUUGGAUAUUUUAA